AUAUUGGUGAACGCCAUCGGUGCAGGCACUAUAGGAUAUUUGGAGGGAUGGACAGAGAUCGACAUCGUCUACUAUGCAGUGAUCAGCAGCACCACCAUUGGAUACGGUGACCUUCACCCGGACAAUGAGGCAACCUACUUGGUGGCUUCCAUCUACAUCCCAUUUGCGGUCGUCGCCGUCGGGAACUUUGUCACCACCAUCGCCCAGUACUACAUGGGAAAGAGCGAAGAGAAACGACGCGCGGAGAUCCUGAACCGGAAAUACGCUUUCGAAGAGCUAUUGGCCAUGGACGAGAACAACGACGGGAGUGUGGAUAUCAUGGAGUUUACGAUCUACUUGUUGAAGCUGUGGGGCAUGGUAGACGACAAGAUACUCGAAGCCAUAUACGCGCGGUAA